UGUGUUGGGGUCACACUGGCACCGGCUUAUGUUUUGACGUUCAAUCGGCAGUUUAAAUCCCCGUCCAGUCGACAUAUAGAACAAUGGAAAUUAAGCUAAACACAACUGCAAUGCCUGAAUUGUUGCAUCCAGAGGACGCUGAGUACAUUUGGCUGCCAAUUGUGGUUCUUGUGGGUGUUGUCAUUCUCGCUGGCUUGGUUUAUGCAAUGUCACGAAUCCGUUGUCCCCACAACUGUUUUCACUUCAAACGCAGAAAUGCCACGCGCAGUGGGUACGUCAAUGUCGAUGAGGAAGAUUCCGACGUAUCCAUGGUGGGAGCUGAUGAUAUUGGAGAGCGAAAUUCCAUCACAUAUCUGCUCGAUGCACGCCUGCACAUAUCUCCCCGACAGGAACAUCGGCAAACAGAUGAUGAUGUCGCCUUACGUACUUGAUAAACGGAGAACAUUGAAGAGAAAAGACUAAUAAUCUCUAGAUAACGAGUAUUACAUUACACACACUUUCAUUUUAUUGUCUACGUUUUGAUAUCAGCUUAAA